AUUUCUCUCAUCCCAAACCAUAAUCCUCUCUUCUUUCUAUUUUCUCUUUUUCUUCAAGAAUUAAUUUUACAAAAUGCCAGGAAUCGCUAUCGGCCGUUUCGAUGACUCGUUCAGCGCCGCCACCAUCAAGGCGUACAUCGCUGAGUUUAUCUCCACCUUGCUCUUCAUCUUCGCCGGCGUUGGCUCUGCCAUUGCUUUCAACAGUUUGACGGCCAACGCGGGCUUGGACCCGGCUGGGCUUGUUGCGAUCGCUGUGGCCCAUGCUUUCGCUCUCUUCGUGGCUGUCUCCAUUGCCGCUAAUAUCUCCGGUGGACACGUCAACCCUGCCGUCACAUUCGGCCUGGUUGUCGGCGGUCAGCUUACCGUCAUCACCGGAAUUUUCUACUGGAUUGCUCAGCUUUUGGGAGCCGUUGUUGGUUCAUACCUCCUCUCUUUCGUCACCGGUGGCUUGGCUAUUCCGAUCCACGGUGUGGGAGCGGGAGUGGGAGCAAUCCAGGGAGUGGUGUUUGAGAUCAUCAUCACAUUCGGACUGGUGUACACUGUGUACGCAACCGCAGUUGACCCGAAGAAGGGUUCAUUGGGAACCAUCGCACCCAUCGCCAUCGGUUUCGUCGUGGGUGCCAACAUCUUGGCUGCCGGCCCAUUCUCCGGAGGCUCCAUGAACCCGGCCCGCUCCUUCGGCCCAGCUGUUGCCAGCGGAGACUUCACCGGCCACUGGAUCUACUGGGUGGGCCCACUCAUCGGAGGCGGCCUCGCCGGGCUCGUCUACAGCAACACUUACAUCCACCACGAGCACGCACCACUCGCAACCGACUUCUAGAUUUGCCCACAUUUGUUUGUGAUGUGAAAUUUCUUUUCUAAUAAAAGGAAGAUAUGGGAAUUCAUUUUUCCGUUUCUUUCUUUUCCUUUUUUUAAUGGUUUGCAGCUGUAAAUGCAAUUUCUUGGUGUAAUGGUUUGGUUUUUCUGGUAAAUUGUUAAUUAUGUCAUGUUUGAUCCCA